AUGGCGACUGGUGGUGGCAACGAGAGGAGCACGGGCAUCGAUGAUCCGCUACCCUUGAAGAUGAUCUACACGGCACUGAUGCUGCCACGUGCAGUUGGUCAUGUCAGGCAUCGUCGCAGCAGAUGCAAGCCGGCAGCACGAUCACCAGGCAUGGCCUGCACAUGCCGUUGCCUAGCUCAUGAUUAUCUUGUCUGCACUGCGUGGGAUAAUUCGGUAUCCUUGUAUGCCUUUCAGAAGAACGGGUUUGCGAUCCAGUCGCGAGCUGAGAUGCAAAUGACGCAAAACCCGCACACGGGACCAGUUCUUGGCGCCUGUUGGGACAACAUGGGCACCAAAGUUUUCACCGCAUCGGCAGACAAGCAAGGGAAGGUUUGGGAUCUCGGCUCGCAGCAAGUCAUUCAGUUCGCACAGCACGAACAGCCCAUCAAGUGUGUCCAUUGGGUCGAUCCGCACAGCAUGGUGGUCACUGCGAGCUGGGACCGAACUAUCAAAUACUGGCCCUCCAACUCUCUUGGCAGCGGAACUCCAGCAGCGACCGUGACCCUGCCAGAAAGGGUCUACGCCAUGGACGUGCGGGACAACAUCGCAGUGGUGGCUACAGCAGACAAGAACAUUCACGUCUUUGACAUCCGCGCUAACCCGCAGCAGCCCAUGAAGACUCACCUCUCGCCGCUGAGGCAUCAGGUCCGCACCGUCGCGCUCUUCAGCGACAACCGCGGGUACGCCAUCGGGUCCAUCGAAGGUCGCGUGCAGAUCUAUCACAUCCAAGACUCCGACCAGGGGAAGAACUUCGCGUUCAAGUGUCAUCGCGACGCUCGCAAUCAGGACAUCUACGCGGUCAAUGCUAUUGUGUUCCAUAAGUUGCAUGGCACGUUCUGCACGGCGGGGUCCGAUGGAACCUUUAACUUCUGGGACAAGGAUGCGAAGCAAAGGUUGAAGGGGUUCCAGCAGCUGCCGAAUGCCAUCACGUGCUGCGACUUCAACCAUACCGGCGACGUGUUCGGCUAUGCCGUCGGCUACGACUGGUCCAAGGGAUACGAUGCUCAGAAUCGUCAAAUGGAAUCUCUCUGGCUACAUCCGAUACAAGACAAUGAGAUCAGACCAAAGAAAUGA